AACCCUCACAAACCUUCGAUUCUUAAUGAUUGCGGUCGAAUAGUUUAGUUUUCCCUCAUAUUUCUCUCUCAAACAUGGCUAGUAUGGAAACACCAAAUACCGUAUUUGUUCAGAUUACAAGCUCAGUGACCUCUUUUACAUCGGAAAAGAGGCUUCAGAGAAACGAAACAAUUUCUCUUCUGAAGGGAAAAUUGGAGCUAAUCACUGGCUGCUCUGCAAUGACAAUGGAAGUUCAAUUAUUGGACAAAGAAGGGAAAUUUCUUUGUAUUCUCAACAACGAAGAUGCUAUGUUGGGUGCCUAUCCAGUUGAUGACAAUAUGAGACUGCAUGUUGUUGAUAAAGAUCCCUCUAAAAAGGCCGGUGAAUUUGAAGAUUUAUCAGCUGUGGAAAAGUAUGAGAUGAGCACAGAAGAUUACUCUAAAAGAUCUGAUUCGGUAAGAGCCUUCAAACAAAAAAACAAGUUGGGCCAGUUUAAAGAGAAAACUCCUGAAGAAAUUGAAGAAGAGAAAGAGAAAGAACGACAAGAAGAAACUGCCGCAAAAGCAAUCACUGUUGGUUCUCGAUGUGAAGUCACAGUCAGUAAUGCUCCUGCUAGAAGGGGUGUAGUCAUGUUUGUAGGGCAAACAAACUUCAAACCUGGCUGGUGGGUUGGGGUUAAAUAUGAUGAACCUUUUGGAAAAAAUGACGGCAGUGUUGCUGGAAAAAGAUACUUCACAUGUCCACCCAAAUAUGGAGGAUUUAUCAAACCCAAAGAUGUCACUGUGGGUGACUUUCCAGAAGAGGAUUUAGGCUUUGAAGAUGAUGAAAUGUAAACUAUGAACAUGUCCCAGAUUCAACCCUCUUUGCUUCUUUAACAUGCAAGGGGGGCAUUUGAGUUUAAGUUUGCAUUAAGAAGGCCACUUGUGUUUCAGUCUGGAGUGAAGCAAUUGUAAGAUAGUGAUAAUUGACGUCAUAAUCAUUGCCUUGAUAGCAUUGAUGUGCUCACUGUCUGUUACUUAUUUCAAGUUUUGGAUCGGAAAAUCUUGAGAGAUUCAGGAACAGAUGAUGGAUUACUGAAUUUUUUUUAUUAUAAGGCACGU